CUUUGAUAUCUUUUUCAAUAAGUCUUGUUUGUUCAGUGACAGACACUAUGGGACUCCUCUGAUAUUUCUAUUCUCAAAGAUAAAAUGCUUCCAUACUAGUUUUUGUAACGAAAUUCCUAGAUUUUCAUUCUUUGCAUUGGCAGAAAGUGAUUCAACUGAGUCGAAAAUCUGAAGUUGAAAUGACACACUCUCUCUUUUUUUAGCAGUGGUUUUAUCUUGGAGCAUCAUUCAUACCUUGCUCCAUAUCAACUAGUAAAAAAAAAAAAUGGCUUUGAGCAACGGAAAUACAAAAAAAUACAGCACUACGAAAGAUCUGUUGAGUGAAGAACAACAAGAUGUACUCAAAGGCAAAGGAAACAAGAUUGAGAGAUUGCAGUCAGAGAUAACGCACCUUUCAAAACCAUUAUUACAAACAGAAGGAUCCUUACAGUGGUCCAAACACGUUACGCCUGGCACAUUAUCUGUAUUUCAAGACGAAAAGAGUUGGCAUGGAAUUCAGAUUGAUGUAAAUCGAAAAAGUAAUAUAAGAGAAUUCAAGGAUGCAAAUGGACUAUCUUGGAGCAAUAUGAGAGAAUCUAUGCAUCUAGAUUCUGAAGAUGAAAGUGCGUCUGAAGAAGGUUCGCCUGUGACAACAAGGUUAAAUGCAAAAGAUAUGCAAGUCUUUGGCUCAAUGCCUAUGGAAGAAGAUAUCGUUGUUGUCAAAUGUAAUAACUGUCAUCGUCCGUUAUUACCAAGUAAAUUUAAAGAACAUUCAGAAUCGUGUAUUGGCAAGCAAGACUUUUUCUCGGAUGAAAAAAAAGUCUUCUCGCUUGAAGAUGAAUUGAGUAUUCCAACUGCUAAAAGACCACCUUCCGCUUCAUUAGAAAAAGUUGAAAAGAAGAAACUUAAAAAAGAAAAACAAAAAAAGACAACAAAACAAAAAGCCCUCUCGAUUUAGACAAACAAUGUGGUGUCAUUCAGGGCUUAAAUAACACGCCAUGCACUCGCUCAUUGACUUGUAAAAGUCAUUCUAUGGGUGCUAAACGUGCAGUAGAAGGUAGAUCACAGCCUUAUGA